AUGAUUUCUGCACUUAAAAAAAACCUGAGGGACACGACCAGCUGGAAUCACACAGUGGUGACCCAUUUCCAAUUUUUACCUUUCUCCAGCAUUCCAGAGAUCCAAGGCUCUCUCUUUUGUCUGGUAUUGCUUGUGAACCUCAGUACUUUGGUGGGAAACAGCCUCAUCAUUAUGAUCACGAUCGUAGAUGCUGCCCUUCACUCCCCCAAGUAUUUUUUCCUCAAGAACUUCUUCUUGGAGAUUGGCUACACUACAUCCACAAUCCCCCAGAUGCUGGUGAACUUCCUCACAAAAAGGAAGGGCAUAUCCUUUCUGGGCUGUGCCAUACAGAUGUAUGCCUUCUCCCUCUUAGGGAUCACAGAAUGUUGUGUGCUGGCUGCCAUGGCCUAUGAUCGCUAUGUGGCCGUAUGCCAUCCCCUGCACUACACGACCAUCAUGAGCUGGAAUACGUGCUUCCUGCUAUCAGCUGUAUCUUGGCUUAUUGGGGUCUUGGUGGCCUUAGGGCGGACAACUUUCAUCUUUACCCUUCCCUGUUGUGGGCCCAACAGGAUCAAUCACUUUUUCUGUGACCUGUCACCUCUGCUGAAGCUGGCUUGUGUGGAUACUUACAAGAAUGAAAUCACCACCUACAUAAUAGCUGUCCUCUUCAUCAUGGUACCCUUCUUACUCAUAGUUGUGUCAUAUGUCCAGAUUUUACACGCCAUCUUCAAGAUGCCAUCAGCUGGGGGGAAGAGAAAAAAGUUCUCUACCUGCUCAUCUCAUCUGGUCGUGUUCACUCUGUUUUAUGGAUCUGGCAUUGUGACCUACUUGACACCCAAAGCUUUUUAUUCAAGCAGCAGUACCAAACUGCUCUCCCUCUCUUACACACUGAUGUCUCCAAUGAUGAACCCUUUGAUUUACAGCUUGAGGAACAAAGAGGUGAAACAAGCCUUGAAAAGACUGAUAGCCAAAAAUAUAAGUGUGACAUAUUUAUGA